GAAGAUAACAAACACGUGUUUCCGGUCUCUGUUUCGCGCACGUUGACGUCGGGUCGUCGCGUUUGUUAAGAAAACGGAGAAAAAAGAAAGAGCAAACGAAGAAAAAUGCCAAAAACGAAACAGUCGAAGAGAAGAAAGAGGUUUGAUUAUAACCAGGACCGGAAGAAGCUGAAGAAGAAGUUCAUCAACAAAUAUAGACCGAGCAUCGAGAGUCAACAGAUUAGAGCGGCGUGGAACAACAGGAGAUCGGUGGCGAGGAACCUGCAGGACAUGGGUCUGGUGUUGGACGUGAACGCGGCUCUGCCCGUGAAGAAGUCGAGUUUGCUGAGAAACGACAGAGAAACAUCAGCAAGCGUCGCCGUCGUCACCAAACCCUAUGUCAUCAAGCAACUGGAGGAGGAGGCGGGGCAAGCACUCAGAGACACAAAGACGUUAUCGUCCGACCUCGUCGAGUUCGUCCAGCACAUGAUCCGAGAACACAAUGACGACUACAAGGCGAUGGCUCGAGACGAGAAGAAUUAUUACCAGGACACGCCAACUCAGAUCCGCAGGAAGAUCAACGAGUACAAACGCUGCCACCUGCAGGACUACCACGCCUUCAUCAGCUCGUUAGCUGCAGCUCAGCCCACACACACGUGUUAACAUCACAAUAAACCUGUAACACACUCACACAUGAAUCUUUGUCAUCCUAACUUCCUGUUUGUCCUUCAGAGCAAGGACACACACUGACACAAAAGAGAUACAUACACACACACAGACAGACACAGAGACACACACAGACAGACACACACACACACACACAGACAGACAGACACACAGGGAGUGUCACUAAGAAAGAGUGGGAGUGGCUAAACUUGGUCCAAACUGAGCUCAUAUUUCCUGCUUCCCGCCCCCUCACUCCUGCAGUCUAACAGUGGGAGGAACUUCAGCGGCUCAGUCCAUCAGCGUCGUCUGUCCUCUGAGACACUUAGAGGACGUGACAGAGGUCAGAGGUCAACUGCAGGACGUCCUGACACGAGAGGUGGACAAACAUGUCACUGGCUGUGGCUGGAGUCAAUGUUUUACUGACGAGACCAGGACCAGAGCUGAACUCUUCAUGAUCCAAACACAGCGAACACAGUGUUAUUAUCUGAGGGAAACAGAACAGAUCAGUGUGACUGCACACUGUUACUGGGACAGGAAGAGGAGGAGUUGGCAGUGGCGUACAAGAACAUCAGCAGAUCAGGACUGACCACAGAGCAGGUCUUCUGAGAGUCUAAACCACAUUCACUCAGACCUUCUAUGCUGGAGUUAGUCUUGAUCCUUCAUGUGGAUCAGAGAGGGCGGGGCCAUCAUUUGUUUCUUUGUAAAUCACAGUUGAAUUCUUUAUCUGUGGAGGAUUCUCACUUUUCUUUUUCUUCCUAAAUAAAAAACAAACAAAUAUCAAA